AUGGAAGCAGAACUUCAAAAGGCACCGGAGCUAAUAAUCACUUGGGGAAGGGAAAAGCUUCACCUCGAUUUUACUGAACAAGGGACGGGGUCACUCGAGGAAACGACAUUAAAGCAAUUGAAAGAACGACUAAAAGAGAUCACCGGGGUGCCAGUAAACGGACAAAAAUUGGUUUUUUCAGGAGCCGUAAUGAAAGAUGAAACAGCGACUUUGACAUCAUUUGGAUUACAGCCAUUUUCAAAAUUACUUUUAAUGGGAUCAAAACCAAAUGCCAAAGAUUUAGCACAGACAACAACAGGAUCAUCCGAAGAGCAUGCACUCAUAACGCGCAUUUCACAAUCGGUCGAAAAAACAAGGACAACUUUGAUUCCACAAAUAGAGUCUUUCGAAACUUCAGUGGCUACAUUCCUAUCGUCCGAAGACAACGAUGACACAGUCCUGUCGAAACUAACAGAAACUCAUACUUGCAUUGUUGAAACAUUGAUGCAAUCCCUUCUCACAUUGGAUUCAGUUGAUUGUCCACCAGAAUUUGAGACUGCUAGACAAAAAAGGAGAGAGGCGGUUAAGUUUACUCAAGGAUUGAUCGAGCGAGUAGAUGAAGUAAAAGAGCAGUUAUUGCGACCGGACCAGCAAAAUAUAAUAUUACCCAACGCAUCUUUAUAA